CUCCAUCCUUCCUCGCCACCAAGACAUCGUCAUUAGCCAUUUCUCCCAUCCAGGGCACGACCUCGUGAAGCGCCACCACACUGGGCUGUUCCGCUGCGAUAUGUGCUGGGAGGACCUAUCCGGCACGGCAUACAUCUGCCGUGCCGGCUGCGACUUCUGCAUCCACGAGUCUUGCGCCGGCCACUCGCAGACGUUCUCCUCCCCCGAGCACCACAUGCACCCGCUCGCGCUCGUCCAGACCCGCCGCGACGCAACCCUCUCGUGCGACAUCUGCUUUGGGCGAUGUGCCCCCGGCUGCUUCCACUACCGCUGUCCACCAUGCGGGUUCGAUAUGCACCCGAGCUGUGUGCGGCUGCCCCAGGUCGUGCGCAGCGUGCGGGACCCUACGCACGACCUCACGCUGGUCGUCACCGACGGCCGCUGUGCUGCGUGUGACGCAGGCACGGGGCGGGCGUCGUACUACCGUUGCACGGCGUGCAAUGUUGACUACCACAUCUCGUGUGUAGCGACCACCGGCGACAAGAACAACGCUCAUGCAGAUCAAGAAGCCCUUGAUGCUCAGAUUGUACGAUCAAGGAUCCGGGAGCAGACUAGGAACGCCAUCUUGGAUCUGUGGAGCCCUUCCUUGCCGUACUGAGGAAGAUUGGGCAACUUGUGUUGGAAGCCAUCGAGAGUAUCCUGCUGAGGAAGACUGGAUGGCUUGCGCUGGAAGCUUUCUUCAGAAAGCUUGCUGAAGAAGAUUUGGUACCGUACCUCAGAAGCUUCCCCCCUUAGUGACUUGCUAGGGAAGACUCGGUACCUUAUGCCAGAAGCUUUUGCGAUAUCUUACUUAAGAAGACUGGAUAUCUUGCAUGGGGAGUCAUUCACACCUUACCGAGGAAGACUGAGGAAGCUUGCCUCGUAUACUUUGCUGCUUUAUUAUUCUUUGCGAACAAAAUGCCAUACAUAUAUUUUCUUGACACUCCGGCUGUUGAUUACUUGUAUGACA